GGAGCCCACACGCAACCUCUCUCUCUCUUUCCCGUGUACCGUACCGCACCAGAUUUAUGUCAUGCAAUCCCUUCCAUUCUUAAUAUACAAACCAUAAGCAACAACAACGCACCAUUCGAUAACGUCUUCUGGUUCUUUGAAGAAGAAACCUUUCUCUUUGCGCGUGUCCCGUUCUCUUCUCCAAUCCUCCUCCAUCCCCACUGUGUGAUCUGAUCCUAAACCUUAUAGCCAUGACUACCAUGGAGAUUAAGCUAUGGAAUGACAAGCGCGAAAGAGAAAUGUAUGACAACUUUGGGGAGCUUUAUGCCAUUAUCAAAGCCACUGAGAGGCUUGAGAAGGCCUAUGUUAGAGAUAUAAUUUCACCGCAGGAAUAUGAGUUGGAGUGCCAGAAGCUCAUAGCUCAUUUCAAAACCUUAGCUUCCACCCUUAAAGACACUGUGCCUAGCAUUGAGCGAUUUGCAGAUACUUACAAGAUGGAGUGCCCUGCAGCGAUUAACCGUCUCGUGGUUUCUGGUGUGCCUGCUACCGUGGAGCAUCGCACAACUGCGGCUGCCUCUGCUUCCACCUCUGCCGCUACUGUGGCCGAGUGUGUUCAGAAUUUUAUUACUUCAAUGGAUUCCUUGAAACUUAACAUGGUGGCUGUGGAUCAGGUGCACCCGUUGCUCUCGGACCUUUAUGCUUCGCUUAAUAAGUUGACAAUCCUGCCCCCUGAUUUUGAGGGGAAAACCAAAAUGAAGGAAUGGAUUGCAAGGUUAUCUAAGAUGGGUGCAGCUGAUGAGUUGACGGAACAACAGGCAAGGCAGCUUCACUUUGAUCUUGAGUCUUCUUACAACUCCUUUAUGGCAGCCCUGCCCAAUGCUGGUACAUGACUGAGUGACCAGUGCUUGUAUAUUAAAUCAGAAUUUCCUUUUUUUUCAUGUUUUUUUUUUCUUUGGAUACUAAUCUUGAUGAUUGGAAAGGAAUUUUCUAUUUGGUUACAGCUUAUACAUUUUUAAUGCUGGGUCCUGGAUAGUUACAAAUGAUGGCUUUGUGCUGAUCAUUGAAGCUUUAUUUUAUAUUGUGGAUGUGCUUUCAGCUUUGGUUUUCUUACCUGCAGUUGUUUGGUUUGAGUGUCUUUCCUCUUAGCAAGGGUGAAAUCUUACAGAAACUUGAUUAUUGAGUUUA